AUAUAGUAACUAUGUGAUUGAGACAAAAAAUAGCUAUUUUUGAGAAGCAGUGCUUUAAAAAAAUAAAAUUUGUAUUUUACAUGAUGUAUAAUUGUGAUUAUUUUUUUUACAAAUACGGAGCAGCGAAGAUCUUUUGUAGUUCGUUUUAACUCCCUCAAAUUAAUAACUGCUUAAAAAGAAAAUUUUUGUAUGUAUUAAGAUAAAUAAAACUCUUUGUGAGUGAGUUUAUACGGUUAUUGAUCAAUCUAUUUAAAAGACGCUAUUUAAGUUGGUAAUUUUAAUUUAUUAAUAAUUAUUAAUUUUAUAUGUUGUACUGAAAAAAAGGCUUGUUUAGUUCAGUUCAAAAGGCCGGAAGUUGUAGUGUUGUCUACGGCAGAAUGAUGAUUUUUUUUUAAAUUCGAAAAUAGAAAAAUUAAAAAAAAAUGGCAGCUGCCACUCCAGAUAGUCGCUUAUGUGAAACACCUGGAUGUAAUUCUGCAGCUAAGUUGCAAUGUCCGACUUGUAUCAAAUUUGGUAUACAAGGAUCAUAUUUUUGCUCACAGGAUUGUUUCAAGAGCAGCUGGAAAACACACAAGGUGCUUCACAAAAUAGCUCAAGGCGAGGAGAAGGAUGAGACUAAUGCUUAUGACCCGUGGCCUUCGUACAGGUUUACAGGGAAGUUGCGGCCGCACCCCCAGGCGUCCCGGCGCGUCGUCCCGCCCCACAUCCCCCGGCCGGACUACGCGGACCACCCACGGGGCGUGCCUCUGUCGGAGCAGUCGGCCCGCGGCAGCGCCCACAUCAGAGUGCUCUCCGACGAGGAGGUGGAGGGGAUGCGCGUGGCCUGCAAGCUAGGGCGAGAAGUCCUGGACGAGGCUGCUAAGGUGAUCGACAUUGGCGUGACGACGGACGAGAUUGACCGCGUGGUGCAUGAAGCCUGCAUCGAGCGAGAAUGCUAUCCUUCUCCGCUGAAUUACUAUGAGUUUCCACGAUCUUGUUGCACGGCAGUCAACGAGGUCAUCUGCCAUGGCAUUCCGGAUACUCGACCACUCAAGGACGGGGAUAUUUGUAAUGUGGACAUCACAGUGUAUCACAGAGGUUUCCACGGUGACCUGAAUGAGACGUUUUUGGUUGGAGCCACCACUGAAGAUGCCAACAAACUUGUACGUGUGUCUUGGGAGUGCCUUAACAAAGCCAUUGAUAUUGUGCGACCAGGUGAGAAGUAUCGGGAGAUCGGAAACGUGAUACAGAAGCAUGCGCAGGCUCAUGGCUUCUCUGUGGUUCGUAGCUACUGUGGCCACGGCAUCCACAGACUGUUCCACACUGCGCCCAGCGUUCCUCAUUAUGCAAAAAAUAAGGCAGUUGGAGUUAUGAAGCCUGGACAUUGUUUCACUAUAGAACCAAUGAUUUCGCAAGGGAGCUGGCGUGACGAGAUGUGGCCCGACAAUUGGACUGCAGUAACCAUGGAUGGGAUGCUUUCCGCGCAGUUCGAACAGACUCUGCUCGUCACGGAGACAGGCUGCGAAAUUCUCACUCGUAGGCAAGCUAACAAUGGCCUUCCGUACUUCAUGGACACGGCAGUAUAAUAUUGGCACCGUUUUGUUACUGCUGUUUGGAAAUUGUGUAAUUGCUCACUUUGGUGUUCAGUUUGGUGUGUUGUCUCGCUAAUGGUUGCAUUUUUAAAGACGAAUGCUGAACGGUGGAAAACAACCAACAUUUAAAAUGACUGUGUUGGUGUUAACUUAAUGAACAAAUAUUUUUCAAACGUAAUUCCCAACUGACCUUGCACUUGACACUUUCCCUGCCAUUUGUGAUCUGAAUCAUACAAUCUUAAUGUUAUAUGUAAAGCUAUAAUUUUAGCUCACAAGGUUUAUGUUGAACUCUGGAUUGUAUGUAGUAUGUACUACUGGAAGAAAAAUCUUUUUUUCGGUGACUGUUAUUUUUGAUUGCCUCAAGAUCACUUUUAGCUGAAACACAAAGUUUUAUGAUGAUCUGCAACUAGUACCUAUAUGUCAUGUAUUUCAGAGUUUGAUAUAACAAAGUUGCUUGUUCUAUUUACUUUGGAUGUAAGAAAGACAGCCAUUGCCUUUAAAACUAACUCUUUGCAAGUGUAUAAAAUAUUUUUAAAAGUUUCUUCACUUUCUUGAUAAAAGUAUUGCUGCUGAAAGGUUUGUGCCUUCAUUUCUUUUCUACAUAUUUGUGUUCAAGAAGAUGGAAACUGUUGAACUGUUUCAAUAAUUUUUUAUAGUAAAAUUAACUACCACUCAUAGAUAUAUUUAAGUAAACCAUAACAGACAAAAGCAAAUCAUUAAAAGAUAACACAUUUUUAAAAUAAUUUCAACAAAAAAAACUUUAAAUUUGAAAAUAAAGGUUCUCAAGCAGCAGUAGAGUUGAAAUUUUUAUGUUUUAAGUUAACAUUUUGCUUAAACUGGUUCUUUACACCUUUUGAUGUUGAGUUUAAAUGCUCAAAUACAAUACAAAAAAGAUAACACUGGGUGAUAAUUAAGUAGAUCAGAAAAUUGCAUUAAUACACAGUAGAACCCUAUUAUAUUAUAAUUAUAAGGUUUUGUCUUAUUAAAUUUUUGUGCUAGUAAUACCGUUAUUUUAGACCCAGAAUGUUCUUCCUGAGAGAAAGGCAUACAUUUAUGUUCUAAUGUCAUUUCCUCUAUAUAACAUCAUAAAAUAAGCUUAAAAUAAUAAAAUUAGUAGAGGUGGAUGGGAAUGGCAAUCUUACUUCGGGAUGGGAUUCGGGUGCAAUUAAUAGAUCUCUCAAAAAGAUCUGAUCCAUCCUUGAAUUGUGUGAAAGUACAUUAACCAUUAUUAGUUCAAAUGAUUUCAAUUUCACAGAAAAAUAUUGAUACCUAAGGACUGAUAAUAAGUAACUAAUAAUGGAAAUAAAAGCAAACAUCUUAUUCCGUACUCAUUUCCUGUAAUUUACUUUUGAUCAUAAUUGAUGACCAGCUGCAAAAAUUAAAACAACUCCGAUGUUUCUGAUAGAAACAGAUAAAUAUGGCUUAAAUAUUAGAAACCAAGAUGACGUUUCUCAGUUUCUUUGUUAAAAAUUAAGUUUUGUGUCAUUUUUAAUGUGACGCAUUUGGCAACAUUGUUCAUUGCUGCUCUCGUGAAGUUCAUUUUCAAACAUAGCCUAACAAUAUAGUAAAGAUGUUUACAUUUGUCAAAAGUAAAAAUAUAUUGUUAAAAAUAUGUUUGAUCACAUUGAAUACUUUAUUUAGUCAGAGUUUUUAGUUUUUAUUUUUAACUGCAUUUAUAAAAGAGGGUUGAAUUGUGUUUCACAGAAUUGUGUUUUUGUUAUAUCUUUAUUGCUUUGUUUGGUCAAUACACAUGCAAAGUUGUGGUUUGUUACGUGACGUAGAUUGAGACGAAACGUAUCCAAGUAAUGUUUUUAUGAUAUAAAAAUUAGUUUGCCGGAAAUUUUUGCUAUUAAAAAAAUUGCUUUUCCCAAGUUCAGAAAUGGUCUUUUUCUCAACUUUGAUCCCGAGUUUCGGGCUCCUGUCCAUCUCAAAAAAAAAAUUAAAUGAUAGUUAUUAAUCUAAAUAGUCACGUACUGAUAGUAUCAAAUCAGCAAUUAAGGAUAUUUGAAAACAUGCUUUCAUUAAUGUGUAUCACCUGAAAUAAUGCUCCAACAGAAUUAUGCAUAUUUAAUGAAAUCAGAAUAUACUGCGAGUUUUAUUACAUGGUGGGUAUUGGAAACUAAGCAAAAGUAUCUAAAUAUUUUCAGAAAAAAUAUAAUAAAAAAUGAACUGUAAAAACAGAUUUUUUAAAAAAAAAAUAUUGAAAUAGUAUUUUACUUUGUAUAAGUUUUUUUCAUCUUGGAAAAUAUGAUACCAGGGUUCUACUGCAGUUUGUAUGUGUACCACUACAUUUUAUUUCUCAUCUGCAACUUUGUAUCUUGAAUUCUACACUGAGUCAUGUAGACAUAAACUUAUCAACUAUUUUUAUUACUUAAUGCUGUAAGCUGUGUAACAUAUCAACCUUGGCUAAAACAUAAAAUUGUUACUUUAAAGGGAUCAGGCUAUCUGUGGGUGUUUGAAAUAUAUGUUUUUACAGUAAACUGUUAAAUGUGUCCAUAACAUGUUUUGAUACAAAUUUUUUUUAAUAAUUUCAGGCUACACUGAAUGACUUAAAUUCAAGACAUUUUAGCUUUUGGUAAAUAUGUAUUUAAAGUCUUUAAACUUAGCUAAAAUGGGCAUUUUCCCAUUGCUGUAUCUCAAAACCUUGUAACUGAAUAUGUAUAAUAAUAUAAUUUUUACCAAAACUUUGGAAACUAAAACUAAGGGUUGCAUUAUAAUCACAAACUUGAUCUUACCAUUGGCAACAGCUUAGUUGAAAAACUACAGGCUCUGCCUCUUAAAUGUGUCACUUAUGCCACUUUAGACCAUUGUUAAUUACCCACUCCUGAACCUCCACUUUGUUGAAAAACUACACACACUGCCUAUAAACUGCAUCACUUAUGUCACUUUAGUCUGGGGCUUCCUGAAAUUCUGCACAGAUGUGGUAAAUGAGAUAUGCAGGAUGAAGGAGAGGGUGCAAAUGAAGUUGGUCGCAGGGUUCCUUCUUGGGGAAGGCACCCCCUUCUCCUCCCCUUCUUUCACCCUCCCAGAUGACCGUCACCACCACCGUAUAUCACCACAUUCUUUGCUUUCUGAACAGCUGCGUUUGAACUAUGUUAUGAAACACAAUUUGUUUUAUAACUGUGACUUGGUGUUUCAAAAGAGGCCAUGUAAAUCACUCAGCUGACAAAAAUGGCACAAGAAUAUGGAAAAAAAUUUAAUAAUUUAAAUAAUUUUCAAGUGUUGUGUACUUGAAAAAUGAUUUCCAAUCCAUAAAGUCUUUUUCGUUGAUUGAUAAUCAAUACGUUUGUAGUCACAUUAUUUUAGGGUGAAUAUGGUGGUAGUUAUUAUGCCUGACCAAUAUCUGUGAGCCUAAGAGCCACAAGAGAACACUUUGUCAAAGUAGGUUGUCUGUGUUUCAUGUUAUUCUUUAUUGGUAUAGAAUUAUUGGAUCGCCAACUCAACCAUGUGAAGUCCACUCCACUUUCUUGUAACAUUCAUGUUAUACUUUAGCUGCCAUUGAGUAUGGUUGUGUGUGUGUUGAUUGAACAUAGUUUUUUAUUUUAGAAUGGUCUGGGCUUUGAUAUGGAAUAUGCAUUUUGUAAAGUUAUAUUGUGAGUUAUGUGGCAUGUUUGAAAAUUGCUGGGCAUAAAUUAAAUGGGUGGCAGAGAGUGCCGAAACAAAGAAUUGUUUUUAAAGGAACAUGUGUCCGGAAACAAAACUGUGCAUAGCUACAAGUGCGAACGGUAGCGCUCAAUUUGAACUCGGUGGGCUUUAGGAAACUACUCCACUGGCUGAGAUGAGUGAUCGCAGAGCAGAGACAUUCAGUUUCUCCGCGGGAAGCAGGCGACGAGUCGGAGUUUUUCAAAUUCACUAGCAACUAACAGUUUGGUGUACCAUACAGUGAAUGGUUGGUCUUGGUAUGUUCACACGCUUUGCUUUGGGCGAUCAGCGCAGUAUCGACUGUUAGUAGUAUGUACGAUGCUGUGAUUAUAGAGUUCACAAGCAGCAACAGCACGGCAGACUUAGGUUCACGGGGAUGGCUGAUAUGUAGAGACAGGAUUUUAUGGUUUUAAUUUUUUAUGAAAUCUGUUAAUUAAAAGAGUUAGCAUAUUACUGAACAAACAUGACACUUAAAUGUUCCAUGGUAUUAAUUUCUCCAAAACUGUCAUUCUGAGUUAUACGUGAUGUACUUUUACAAUAUAUUAAUUUGUAAUCAGCAUGUCGAACUAUUUGGAACAAAUAAAAUUAAUCUUUUAAGUAUUUUUGUGUUUGAAAAAUGUACUAACGUCAUAAUGUAAGAAUGAGUACUAAUAAUAGUUGCAAGGUUAAAAAGAAUUAAACUUUUUCGAUUUAUUUUGCAUAAUACAUGGUACAAAUUUCAUGCUAAAUAAAUAAUUACUUUCAUUGAAUUUAAUAUUUAAAAGAUUACAUAGGUAUUCAUCAUUAGAGUUAACUUGUGAUUGAAAAUGCUGGAUUAGUUUCAUGAUUUUAAUUUUAUUUUGGUGCUUUUUGGUGUAUCAACUUGAAUGUCAGUGUCAUACGGUGUAUUGACAUACUUUUAGGUAUAAUUUCGGUUUUAUUGCAAUUCACCAUAUAAGCAUGUCCCUACUGAUACGUUAAUGGUGUAUAGUUUAUACGUAGGUGGUGAAAAAAAAUUCCAGCUAGAGCAGUGCCCAUUAACCAAGGGCAAUUUUUCAAUAGAAGUGUGCCGAAUAGGAAGACUAUACUGCCUGAAACUGAAACUAUCGUACUAUGAAGGGUGCUGGUUGCUGCUGCGUACGGCUAACUCUUACGUCCGGUCCGGCUUGUCCUGUGCUUCUUGCGGAAUGAUGGGAUGUCCUCUGUCAGUGGAGUGGCGCCUGGAUGUGCGCAACAUUGAAGUUUGCGUGCUACUGUUUCUGCCUGUAACUCUGCUGGGUUGUUUUUCAGGACAUACGUUUCUUUACAAAAAAAUGUUUGUUUUGGCAUUUCCUGCCACUCAUUAAAUUUAUGUCUAGCAAUUUUGGAACAUUCUGUAGAUAAUAUUUGUAUUGUUAAAGAAUGUAAUUGUACAUAAUAAGUUGAUGAUUAGUAUCUGUAAAGAAGAGUAUGUCUGGUGGUUGACGUAAAGCUGAUGACCAUUUAGAAAAAUAAAUGUUACACCAAGACUUGUAGAUGUCUUGUUUGCAGUGUAUGCUCUUUCCAACUAUAAAAUUAUAGGGUCACCACCUAAAAUCUCAUAAGUACACCAGCAUGGCAAAAAGCCUACACAUCUGCUCACUUCCUUGCCUGUAGAUAUGACUGGGUGGUUAAUGCGCUUGAGCGUGUAGCCCUUAGCGCUUCUUGUUUCUGCCUAAAUAUCAAUCAUAAUUCCAGGUAGGAAUACCUUUCAGGUGAGGUCCUGAUUUCUAAUAUACAAAGUUAUGCGGAAGUAUUGUCAACAAGGUAAAAUUGUGCAUAAUCCUCAAUUGUUUUAUAAAUCUAGGGAAAUGAUUUGUUUAGCACCCAUGCUUAUCUGAAUGAUACAGCAUUUUGUUUUUAUUAAAAAACCAUUUUUUUGA